UUUAUGUUAUUACUGUGAUGAGUGGUAUGUUGCCUUUUACGCCACCCAUUGUUAAGCGGUUGCUAGGUUGGAAAAAAGGCAAUGACACGGACGACAAAUGGUGUGAAAAGGCAGUUAAGAGUUUAGCGAAGAAACUAAAAAAGACUGGUGCACUGGAAGAACUAGAACGAGCCAUCUCAUCGCAAAAUCACAACACUAAAUGUGUUACUAUUUCUAGGUUAAAAUCAAGUGAUUUAGGAUCAAACGUACAACGCAAAGGAUUGCCUAAUGUAAUUUACUGUAAAUUGUGGAGGUGGCCUGAGUUACAAUCACAUCAUGAACUAAGACCACUUGACAAUUGUGAAUUUGCCUUUUCUUUGAAAAAAGAAGAAAUUUGUGUCAAUCCAUACCAUUAUACCAGAAUAGAAACACCAGCUCUACCAGCUAUUCUAGUUCCCCGGCAUGCAUUAACAAAUGAAGAAUGUAACAUAUUUCCUCAUUCUUUGGAAGAUUUAAGCACCUCAGUACCAGAAAAUACCUCAUUUUCCAAUAUCAAUUUACACAUGCAGCACAGCCAAAGUUAUAUGGAUGCAGUAGGCAUUUGCUCAAAUGGUCCACCUAACAGUCUUGAGUCUCCUCACAGUGCAGCUCCUCCAACUGAGACACCUCCACCCGGUUAUAUUUCAGAGGAUGGUGAUCCAAUUGAUCAUAAUGAUAACAUGAGUGAGUAAUUAAAUUUAUAAUGCUCUCUCU